AUGGAAAAACUCACAUCUGAGCAGUGGCGAGAGAUUGUUAACAAGAAGAUUCACUUUCCACAUGAAUUGAUCUCAGCCAUCCAGGAGAGCAACAUGGCCUUGGUGGAAAGCUUGCUUUAUGGAGGGGAAGGCAUUAUACGCCAGCUGGAUGACUCUGAGGAUCGCCUGUGGAGGGAAGCUCUGAACCUCUCCAUCAGACUGGGCAGCGAGGAGACCAUGGCUGCCCUUCUGCGGGGCGUCAAGUUUGAUUUCCGGCAGAUCCAUGAAGCUUUGCUGGUGGCAGUGGAUACUAAUCAACCACGGGUGGUCAAACUGCUUUUGGACCGCCUGGAUCAGGAAAAAGGCAACAAGAUGGAUGUGCGCUCCUUCUCUACGGCUAUCUUUGACAGCUCCAUCGAUGCCUCUCAGUUCGCUCCUGGAGUGACCCCUCUCACACUGGCUUGUCAGGAAGACUUGUACGAGAUUGUAAUUUUGCUCACUCAGAGAGGCCAUGUCAUCUCCCCACCUCACCCCAUCUCCUGUAGUUGUCUGGAGUGCAGGAAUGCCCGCCAGUAUGACCUGCUCAAGUUCUCUCUUUCUCGCAUCAACACGUACCGAGGCAUUGCCAGCCGUGCCUACCUGUCAAUCACCUCGGAGGAUGCCAUACUGCGUGCCUUCCACCUGAGCUCUGAACUGCAUAAGCUGUCCAAGAAGGAACAGGAAUUUAAACCGCAGUACCUGGCUCUGGAGCAGCUGUGUCAGGAGUAUGCUGUGGAGCUGCUGGGAAUGUGCCGGAACCAAAGCGAGGUCUCCACUGUGCUGAACUAUGGUGAAGAGACCAGCGAUGAAGAACUAGAUGAACAAACAUUUGAGGAGGGGAUCCCCAACCUUGCACUCAUCCGCUUGGCCAUCACCUACAACCAAAAACAGUUUGUGACUCAUCCCAUCUGCCAGCAAGUGCUGUCUUCCAUUUGGUGUGGUAGUCUCUCAGGCUGGAGGGGCAGCAAGACAACUUGGAAACUGCUGGUGUCUUUUGGGAUCUUUGUAACCAUGCCAUUGCUGUGUCUCAUCUACUGGAUUGCGCCAAAGUCCAGGAUUGGUAGAGCUCUGAAGAUUCCUGUGAUUAAGUUCCUGCUGCACUCAGCUUCCUAUAUGUGGUUUCUGAUAAUCCUCUUAGCGGAGUCGAUCUUCAUGGAGACCUAUCGAAACGACAUUGCUUCCCGCACACAAUACAUUCUCCACAACUCUCUUCACAUGAUCUGGGUUGUUGGUUUCUUCUGGUUCGAGUGUAAGGAGGUGUGGAUUGAGGGACUGAGGACCUACCUGCUGGACUGGUGGAACAUUUUAGAUAUGCUGGUACUCAGCAUGUACCUGGCUUCCUUCACACUGCGCAUUUUAAUUGUGCUAAAAGGCUAUUUCCUCUGCCAGGAUCCUAGUGCAAAGGACCUGUGUGACUAUUUCACCAACACAGCACGGGAAAACUGGAGACAGGAAGACCCCCAGCUGAUUGCUGAAGUUCUCUUUGCUGUGACGAGUAUGCUAAGCUUCACACGUUUAGCCUACAUUUUACCAGCCCAUGAAUCCCUGGGAACCCUACAGAUAUCCAUUGGGAAAAUGAUUGAUGAUAUGAUAAGGUUCCUGUUUAUCCUGAUGAUCAUUGGAACUGCUUUUCUGUGCGGGAUUAACAACAUAUAUGUUCCAUAUGUAAAGUCUCCACAUCUUAGCAGGCUCAAUGAGACUUUUAACUUUCUCUUCUGGACUAUGUUUGGGGAGUCCAAACAGGACUAUGUGGACUUGUCAGACUAUGUCCUAGCUGGGUUUGUGGGUACAGCACUGUAUGGGAUUUACACCCUGAUCAUCGUCAUUGUCCUGCUGAACAUGCUCAUUGCUAUGAUAACUAAUUCAUUUCAGAAGAUUGAGAAUGAUGCGGAUGUUGAAUGGAAAUUUGCUCGUUCAAAGCUCUACCUCAGUUAUUUCAGAGAAGGCCUCACGAUGCCUGUUCCUUUCAAUAUCAUUCCUUCACACAAGACAUUAUUACAUGUGAUGAGGAGUGUCUUCCGAAGACUCACUUUGGGUAGCCCAGACCAUCCUCCAGUCACAUCUGUGUCUGGCAGCAAUCUGAACCAGAGAGAAGGGCAGGGGGAGGGCAGAAUGCCAUAUCGUCUGCAGGUGAUCAAGGCUUUAGUGCAGCGUUAUAUUGGAGCAGCACAUCGAGAGUUUGAGGAGACCAAAAACAAUGAUGUAGGGUACAGGAUCACAGAACUGAAUAAUGUGGUGGGAAGACUGGAUUCAGAGAUGAAGAAGGUCUAUGAGAAGCUGCAGCACAGACUCAGCACAACCAGCCCAGAGCUAGAGAGCAGCAGCACUCUCAGGAACUACAUCAUGGGAGCGAUGAACAACUUCCACAAUUUUGAUAAGAAGGAGGCUUCCAGAGGCCGAGGAGCUGGGCUGCAGAUUAUAAUGCACCGCAAAGAAGAGAAAGAAGAAAGAGGGGAAAGUACGUAA